AAGAAAUCCAAGUCCAAGGCAGCUCCGGCGGUCACACAGGCCGAUGUGCCUAUAGAUGCUAUGGUGGUCGAUGUGACCGAGGAUCCCUCUAUAUCGGACAAGAAGUCCAAGAAGAAACGCAAACGCGAUACUGAGGAGGCGGGCGCGGCAGAGGCAAGCUCCUCGAAGAAGGACAAGAAAAAGCGGAAGAAAGACUCCGAGCCCGCGCAGGGCGAGUCGGAAGAGCCCGCACCCUCCGAAGUGAAGCCCCCGAAGGAGAAGAAGCACAAGAAAGAUAAAAAGGACAAGAAGAGCAAGGAGACGGUUGUCUCUGCCGAGCCCGUCGCGUCCUCCUCCACGGCUCCUUCAUCGUCGGAUGCCGAAGCGUUCCUCAAGAAGCACGAAGUCACUCUUCAUGUGCCCGACGGUGUCCCCACGCCCACUCCUAUACUCUCCUUCAAGCAAUUGGAUAUCCCGGCGGAGCUUCGUGCAGCCUUCGACGGUUUCAAGGAGCCCACGCCAAUUCAAGCCUGCUCAUGGCCUCCCGCGCUCGAGGGCAGAGAUGUUGUAGGUAUCGCCGAGACCGGAAGUGGGAAGACACUUGCGUUCGGCCUCCCAGCGCUCGCACGUAUCAUCCAGAAUGCAUCGAAAGAACCGAAAAAGCAGAAGGGUACGACCGUAUCGGUACUUGUUGUGGCGCCCACUCGUGAGCUCGCUAUCCAGACACACGAGACCCUCGAACAGCUCGGCGCGCCAUUCGGGAUUGCAAGCGUCGCGGUCUUCGGCGGCGUGGACAAGGCGCCGCAAAUCAAGACCCUUAAGAAUGCGAACAAGGACGGGAGGACGACGAGGAUCAUCGUCGGAACGCCCGGCCGUCUCCUCGACCUCGUAAACGACGGCGCGUGUGACUUGAGCAGAGUCUCAUAUAUGGUGCUGGACGAGGCCGACCGCAUGCUCGAUAAGGGCUUCGAGAACGAUAUCCGUGCUAUCAUCGGCCAUACGCUGCAGGGCGCAGAACGUCAGACGCUCAUGUUCAGCGCAACAUGGCCAGAUGCCGUACGUCGGCUAGCUGCCACAUUCCAGCGCGACCCCAUACGAGUUACAGUUGGGAGCGACGACUUGACCGCAAAUAGCAGGGUAGAACAAGUGGUUGAGGUUUUCGAUGAGCCCAGAUCGAAAGAUUCGCGCCUCCUUGGUCACUUGAAGGCGUUGUUGCCGAAGAACAGCAAGGGCAACCCCGAGGACGCGCGGAUUCUCAUCUUUGCGCUUUACAAGAAGGAAGCAACGCGCGUCGAGGGCAUGCUGAAGAGCAAGGGCUUCUCCGUUAUGGGCUUGCACGGAGACAUGUCGCAGUCCGCACGGAUGGACGCGCUUCAACGCUUCAAAUCGGGCGCCUCGACGCUGCUUGUCGCGACGGAUGUCGCGGCGCGUGGGCUCGAUAUCCCGAAUGUCGCCGCGGUCAUCAACUACACGUUCCCGCUCACCAUCGAGGACUACAUUCACCGAAUCGGACGUACAGGUCGUGGUGGGAAGUCCGGCAAGUCGAUCACCUUCUUCACCGGCGAGAACCACGAGCGUUCGCUCGCGGGCGAGCUCGCACGCGUCCUGCGGGAGAGCGGUUUCGAGGAGGAGGGCUUGAAGAAGUUCCCGAUGACGAUCAAAAAGAAGGAGCAUGGCGCGUACGGCGCGUUCUUCCGCGACGAUAUCCCCGUGCCCAAGGGACCGACGAAAAUCACGUUCUAAACGGGUGUGUUUCAUGUCUUAGAGUGGGGAGUUGUGCUAUCUAUACAGCGGGAUAAACAUCAGACCUAUACCAUCGGCAAUACGUAGCUGGAUAUCGAUUCAUGCUCUCUGGGUUACAAAACGAUCGCGCUCAAUCCCCGUUCUCGUCUUCCACCGACCUAAUCAUCCGAGUCACUGUCAAAGUCUGAGUCGGGGUCUGACUCCGACGUCAAACCCAAGACCUGGUCUUCUUCAGCUCCCGAUUCCUCGUCCUCGGUUUCCUCUUCCUCUUCCUCGUCCACGUCCAUU